GUUACAAACAUCAACCAUUGGAUAUGGUGAAUCUCUUGCGUGGUGUCUUGAUCACUUGUGAUAUUCCAAUGAAACAGUUUAUAUUAAAACUGGAUGAGGAUCAAGCUCCGAAUCGUUUUGUGAUAGCUAACUUGGACGAAACUAGCCUGUUUAUUCAAUCUUGGGCUCUGAAACUCGUGCAGGAAAAAUUGGAAGAGCUCUACGAAGAGAACUAUUUUCAACCAGAGUACUAGUUGGGAGGUAACUCUGAAACUAACUUAUAGUGGAACUGAU